AUGGCCAGUAAUCAUUAUAAUUCCAGCCGUGGAUACACCAACAACCACAAAGUUAAAACUAUUUUGACCUUUACCAUUCGUGAUGAAUCGGAAAGGCGUCAUCGUUCCGGUAUCAACGCACUACAGAUUGAUCAAAAUAAUAAUUACCUCUACACAGCUUGUAGGGAUUCAAUUAUUCGAUGUUGGAACGUCUCCAAUGAUGAGGGAACAUAUAUCAGAUCCAUGGAGCAUCAUUCAGAUUGGGUAAAUGAUCUGGUACUAUGCCACAACGGGAAAACAAUUAUUUCAGGUUCAUCUGAUACCACAGUCAAGGUGUGGGAUGCUGUUCGUGGCUGUUGCCAAUCAACUCUCUACACUCAUCGCGACUAUGUGCGCGCUUUGGCUUAUUCUAAGCAAAGAGACUUAUUCGCAUCAUCAGGCUUCGAUAAACAAAUAUAUUUAUGGGAUGUAACUACUUUAGUAGCUUUAACGCCGUCAAAUAAUGUAUUAAAAACCAAGCCUUUAAAUGGGCAGAAAAACUCAGUAUAUAGUAUUGCUAUGGACGCAGGAGGAACCGUUGUAGUAACUGGAUCUACUGAAAGGGCAUUAAGGGUAUGGGAUAUUAGAGAUCCUCGUAAAAAUGGUAGAAUGAUGAAGCUAAUUGGUCAUACCGAUAAUGUAAAGACUGUAAUGUUAAGCGCCGAUGGGACAAAGUGUCUUUCUGGUAGUUCUGAUGGUUCCGUUAAGUUAUGGUCGUUAGGUCAACAAAGGUGUAUUACAACAUUUAAAAAUCAUGAAGCCGGUGUUUGGGCUCUUUGCGUUGAUGAAAAUUUCACCAGCUUUUAUUCCGGUGGCAACGAUUGUAAAGUAUUUUACACGGAUAUGAGGCAAUCUCAAGGAGCACUAUUUUGUACCGAAAAGCAUCCUGUUUUAAAGAUGAUAAUUCAAGAUGAACCAAAAUCAUUAUGGGUUGCAACUACAAGUUCCGAUGUUCAUAGAUGGCCAAUUAAUGAUAAGGAUGCUACGGGGUCAAGAAUUACAGAAAAUGGGACGUCAGCAUCGUCAAGACCCCUAGAAACGACUUCUGAUUGUACUAUUAAAGGUUGCUCAGGUAUAUUUAAAUAUCAUGUAAUGAACGAUCGUCGACAUAUACUGACUAAGGAUACUGAUGAUUCAGUUGCAUUAUAUGAUGUAUUGAAGGCUCGUAAAGUUGAAGAACUUGGAGAAAUAGAUUAUGAAAAGGAGAUUGAAAAGCGUAAACAGCUAGUCUAUGUACCUAAUUGGUUUACUGUUGAUGUAAAAACUGGUAUGCUGAAUAUAUCACUAGAGGAGUCAGAUUGCUUUUCUGCUUGGAUAUCAGCUAAAGAUUUAUUACCAGGAAAUUCAGAUAAUUUUAGCGAUUGUAAAGUUAAUUUAGGCUGUGUAACAUUAAAGGCUUUAAUGAAUUAUUUCCCUGAAAAAUAUCACCUGCAAGAUAAUAUUACAUUGAAUGACAGCGGUAAAAAAUUUUUCAAUAUAACCAAAGACAUUCAAGAGCAUUUCUGUGCACCUAAGCAUACUCCAUUAAUUAUCUCGGAGCAAGGAGAAACUUUCCGAGUGACUAUAAGGAUGAGCUGCGGAGAUGCAGCGUAUGAACAGGAAGAAUCUCAAAAUGUUAAGGCCUUACCGCGUUGGAUUAGUAAUGCAGUUUUUGCGGAUAAAAUUCCAGAAUUAGUCAAGAUGACAUUUAACCUAAUACCUUAUAUAAGCACAGCUAAAUCUGCCAAAAGACAUCAAUUUACCGCAAGCGAUAAUGUUAGCAUUCAAAAAAUUAUCGAACAUGUUAUUAGCAAUGAGAAGUCAAGCCAAGCAGAGAACCAAGGAAAUGAUAACAAUAAGAAUCAUUCCAAGAGUGCCGAACCUAGUGGUAUUCCCACAAAUGCAAAUAGACUGCGAAUUUUAUGCCAAGAUCAGGUAAUUGAUCCGGUGCUAGAUUUAAGAACUGUAAAGCAUUUCUUUUGGAAGGGUGGAGGACAGCUAGUUUUACAUUAUGAAACUUUAGAGCAUUCUGAUAAUGAAAGUGGUAAUGGGCUACCGGAACUUUAG